AUGGCUGCUUCCUCGUUUAGAAAGCAGAUUCAAAGAGUCAGGCAAAAUAUUGACCAGAACUUAGGCAGAGCAGAGAAGACAGAAGUUUUAAACGAAGAAGAGUUGAACCUAGAAAGAAGGGUAGAACUCUUAAAGAUGGUUUGCCAGAAUAUCCAGAAAAAGUUGGUACUGUGUGUCAAGAGUCCCAGUCAAAUCACUGAAACAGACAAGAGAUUGAGAAAGAUACCAGAACAUGGUCUGUGGCAGACGUUGAAGGAGUCUUCUGUGCAGUUGACUGAAAAUACACCUUCAAGUCAAAUUUUUGAUCUGGCCUCUGGUCUGCAGCACAAUCUGGCAACAGAGAUCAUCAUGUUGGACAUCCUAAUUGAGAACAAUUCAUUGAAAUUUCUACAGAAUAUUUUAGAGGACCAAUUAGCCACGGAGAUGUACAGUUUCUCUUCGAAAGAAGUUGAAAUAAACCAAAGUUUGCUUGAGCUGGUAGAGGCACAGGCGGAAUUCCUCAGAAAAUCUCUGGCCUACUUUGAUAAAGCCAUACCUCGAAUUAAAGAAUGCUUUGAUUUCUCUGUUCACAAGCCUGUGUUUGGCCAGUCAUUAAGCGAGCACGUUGAAAAGAGAGGUAACAGAGAUAUAGCUCUGGUUCUAGAGGAGUGUGUUCAGUUUUUGUAUGAACACGCCUUGGAAGAAGAAUCAGCUUUUAACUCCAACAUAUCAUCUGGAUCUGUGAUCGCCGGCGUCGAUGAGGUCGAUGUCAAUGUCAUUGCUAGCGUAUUGAAACAGUACCUUAGAGAGCUUCCAGAUCCACUGAUGACGUGUGAUCUUUAUAACGAAUGGAUGAAGGCCAAUGAAUUACCAGCAGACCAGGUGGCGAAUUAUUUGAAGGAUGUAGCAGCUAAACUGCCCAGAAUAAAUUAUGUUAAUUUAAGGUACCUAAUCAAAUUCCUCAAGAAACUGUCAGAGUGUUCAGAUGUCAACAAGAUGUCCCCAGCAAACAUCGGACUCGUCAUGGGGCCUAAUCUUAUCUGGGCUCCCGGAGACGUGGGGCCGAACAUGCUGACAACUGGGAUGCAGAGUUCGUUGGUGGAAAUGCUCGUCGUUCAUUCCAAUGCCAUCUUUCCUGGAGAGAUCAACUUCACAACGACCAGCAACGAAUCACCCGAGACCAACUUUGAAUAUAAAAAGUUUGCAGCCAUCAGUCUGAACGAUCCAUCCAUUCACGUCAAACAGCAGCAGUACAACAUCCUGCCAAGCUACUCCACUCAGCCAGAUAACAAGAAGUGUGAUGAUGAUGAUCUUUGUAACAAUGUUGAUGGUGAUGGCGAUGAUGAUAAUGAUGAUGAUGUUGUCGAUGAUGAUGAGAAUGAUAAAGAAUCAGAAGCAGACGUUUCGAGCAGCACUACUCCACAGCAACAGAAACAGCAGCAAGUGCAGCCUCCUCAACAGCAGCAAAUCAUCUCACAAACUCCAGCCAGCACAACCAUGAAGAGGAUUAAGAAACAGCAAGCCCCUCAACCUCCUCCCGACGGACUGGUCACCUCCUUCUCACACCUGAUGACCACCAGCGAAUACACUCCCGUUACUCGGCUGGAGAAACCUCGCGUGCCUCCCCCCGAACGACCAACCAUGCCACCUCCGGACAAACCCGUCAGGUCAAAUGUUGAGCCGCAAGCUGCUGCACCUUCUCCCGGGUUUAUACUUCCUGCGACGAUGAAGCAACAGCCACAGCAGGUGGCCCCACAAGUUCAAACAAUGCCUCAGCCACAACUUCCCGAUGUUGCAAUGUUACCCAGCCAUGCUGCUACCCCCACCAACCAGUUCAACAAUGAUCCCCAUCAGCAGCAGCAACAACAACAACAACAACAGCAGCAACAACAACAGGUCAUCAAUAGUAACAUUAGCAGUUCAGAUUCCAACAUAUCUAGUCCCCAUGCAUCGUCGGCACCUCUCAACCAACAGCAGCAACCACAGCAACGGAUAUCAUUAACAUCACCAUCGGUACUGUCGUCAUCAUUCAACCAGUCCUCCACAUCAGCUACACCAUCAUCCAACAUCCCACCAAAACCUAACUACCCUUACUUGGGCCCCUCUGAAAGUCCUGGGGCUCAAGCGACACCCGGCAGUCCAAAACCAGCCCCCAAGACUCACAGCAGGAACUCGAGUUUGGGUUCGAAACCACCCCCACCUCGUCCUCACCCUCCCCUUCCGCCAAAAAGAUUCGAACAGAAGCCUGGAGAAUGAAAACAUUUUAAACUUAAUUUACUUUGUGUUGUGCUUUCCUUCGUAUACAUUAACUCCUUUGCGUAAUAAAGUUAUAAAUGUCUGUACGCCGUGUACGUGUGUAUGUGAGUGUUUGUGUGCGUGCGUGUGUGAGUCCCUGCGUGUAUGUUUAUAUAUUUGCGAUUUUUUAAAAAUUUCUUCUGAUUUAUGUGUCAUUUUAUUCAAGCGCAUUUCUGUAAGUGUAUGUCUUCUCUCUCUUUGUCUCGACACUGCCAAUGUUACUUCAAGAUAUGACGCUAAUUUACUUACUUAUCCUUGUCAUGCCCAUGUUUGAAGUAGUUGGUGUUUAUUUAUUUAUUUCUAAAACCAUUGAAGUUGUUUAGGAAUAAUUAAUUAUCAUGAAGGUAGAUUUAA